AUGGGGUACGGAUGGAGUUCUAGUAAUAAGGAGGAAACUUCUGAUAAGACUUGGAGCUUUCCUGAUGAAGUUAAUACAGAUGAAAAUGAAAUGUAUGAAAUCACGCCUGAACAACGGGCGGAGAUUUGUGCAUUGAUGGGGAAAAAUAUUAAUGAUAUUGACACAGCAACUGAUCUUGAUUACAUUAUUCAGGGGAUAUUUAGUCUUACCGACGCACAGGCGAUAUCAAUACUUCAAAAAACAAUAGAAGAGCAUGAAAAUGAUCCAAAUUUUCCAGAAUACACACAACAGUAUCUUAAACAACUCAUUACAAAACAAGGUUUCACUACCAUUUCUGAGGAAAACUAUUCUUUUUCAUUAAGACUAGAAGCAUCACUAAUACACUUUCACUCUUCAUAUCCAGAAGUUAGAGCUAUUUCUGAUCCUACAGACAAUCCAGAAGAACCAGCAGAAACAUGGAGGGUAUAUCUUUUGGGAAUUAUUUGGGUAAUGGUCGGCAGUGGAGUAAACCAGUUUUUUGAGCCAAGAAUGCCACCAAUAUCGGUGCCCAUGCCAUUACUCCAGUUUCUAGUCUAUCCAUGUGGCAAAUUGCUAGAAAGACUACCUAUCUGGAAACUUAAUGCUUUUGGGAAAACGUUUCACCUCAAUCCUGGUCCAUGGUCAUAUAAAGAGCAAUCUCUUACUACCAUAAUGUUUGGUAUAACUUCAUCCAUGGCUUAUGUUAGCGACCAAAUCUUUGUUCAAAAGUUACCCAUGUUUUACAAUAAUAAAUGGGCCAACUCGGGCUAUCAAUUUACUUUAAUUUUAUCGACUCAGUUUAUUGGAUUUGGUCUUGCUGGAUUUGUUCGCCAUGUUUUGGUAUAUCCUGAAAAGUGCAUUUGGCCAACAAUUUUGCCAACAAUUGCUUUGAAUAGAGCACUAAUGGUUAAAGAGACUAGUGAAAACAUAAACGGUUGGACGAUAUCUAGAAAAAAAUUGUUUCUCUUUGCGUUUCUUGCCAUGUUUUUUUAUUUUUGGCUUCCUAAUUAUUUAUUUCAGGCCCUCAGUACAUUCAACUGGAUCACAUGGAUUUCUCCUCAUAACUUCAACUUGGCUACAAUUACCGGUAGUAUCACUGGGCUAGGCCUGAAUCCAUGGCCAACAUGGGAUUGGAACGUGGUAUCCUCACUUGUUUCUCCUUUAUCAACACCAUUUUUUGCAAUGGGGAAUAACUACUUGGGAACUCUUCUUGCAGGAGUUGUCGUUAUACCGGCCGUUUACUAUUCAAACAUGUAUUACACAGGAUACCUUCCAAUCAAUUCUAGUCGCCUAUUUACCAACACAGGAGAAGAAUAUUCGGUUGAACAAGUACUGACAAAUAACAUUUUAGAUAAUGACAAAUACCAACAAUAUUCUCCACCUUAUUACACCGCAGCAAAUUUGGUGGUUUACGGCGCAUUUUUUGCUUUAUACCCAGCUCUUAUUGUUCAUACAUUUCUAUAUUAUCGAGAUAUUUUGUGGAAUGGGCUAAAAGGAGUGUGGCAAAGUGUCAUAGACCGACAAAGUCAAAUAAAAACAUUUGCUGAUCCGCAGAGUCGGAUGAUGUCGCAGUACAGCGAGGUUCCCUUGUAUUGGUAUCUUAUUGUCACCAUGUGUGCAUUAAUUCUUGGAAUAGUUUGCGUUAAAGUUUAUCCCACGGAAACUCCAGUAUGGUCAAUCUUUUAUGGCUUAGCAGUGGGUAUGGUUUUCCUUAUUCCCAUUGGUCUUUUAUACUCUAUGACUGGUUUUUCGUUAAGUUUGAAUGUCCUAACAGAGUUGAUUGCUGGGUAUGCAUUACCGGGACGUGGCGUGGCAUUGAUGAUUAUGAAGGCCUUUGGUCUCAAUACAAAUUUACAAGCAAUUUACUUUAUUCAAGACCAAAAGCUAGGACAUUACGCAAAAAUCCCUCCACGCUCUACUUUUCGGUGUCAAAUCAUUGCUACUCUGGUUCAGUCUUUAGUGGUACUUGGCAUUGCAAAUUGGCAAAUUAGACACUAUGAUGGAAUUUGUGACGAAAAACAAGAACAAAAUUUUACGUGCCCUAACGAAUCCAUUUAUUAUUCUGCAUCAGUGAUUUGGGGUGUUGUUGGGCCCCGAAGAGUGUUUAACGGGAUGUAUCCAAUUCUAAAGUGGUGUUUCUUAAUAGGGGCUUUUAUUCCGCUUCCAUUUUAUUUGAUUCACAAAUAUGCCCCAAAAAACUGGACAUUUUUAAGAAGACUAGAUUCAUUGCUUAUUGUUUUGGGCUUUUUAAAUUUCGCUCCAUACAAUUUGACGUACUAUACCACAGCAUUCUACAUAUCUUUGAUAUUUAUGAAUUACAUUCGCAAAAGAUAUGUCCUGUGGUUUCAAAAAUACACCUAUGUGUUAUCUAGUGGUUUAUCAGCGGGUAUUGCUCUCAGUGCCAUUAUCAUAUUUUUCUCUGUUCAAUAUCACCCAAAGACGUUAUCAUGGUGGGGUAACGAUGUUAUGUAUAAAGGUAUUGAUGGCGACACCUCUUAUAGGCGGCUAGAAAUUCCGAAAAAAGGGUAUUUUGGGCCAGACCCAGGUUCUUAUGUAUAUUAG